AUGCCACAGAACAAUACCCAGCCUCGCUCUCGAGACGGUUUCGAAAUUGCAAUUAUCUGUGCCCUGCGCACUGAAUCCGAUGCGGUAGAGGCCUUGUUCGACCAGUUCUGGGAAGAGGAGGUCGAAUAUGAUAAGGUCAGAGGUGACUCUAACUCAUACACAUUGGGUCGCAUUGGUCGCCAUAAUGUGGUUCUGGCCUACAUGCCGGGCAUGGGAAAAGCGGCGUCGGCAACGGUCGCCGGAAGCUUUCGGGCGAGCUUCCCAUCCAUUCGGCUUGCAUUGAUUGUAGGAGUAUGUGGUGGAGUUCCUCGAGAUAAAGCCAUGAAUUCCGAUAUCCUCCUGGGCGACGUGAUCAUCAGUACUGGCGUCGUACAGUUUGAUUUUGGCCGUCAAUUGCCCGAUCAAGUUGCUCCGAAGGACACACUGGAUGAUAGCAUGGGCCGACCAAACUCUGAAAUUCGUGCCUUCCUACACAAGAUCCAAGGCUGGCAUGGACGCACAGAGAUGGGCAGCAGUAUUGUCGACAAUAUUGCUGAGAUCCUCACCAAGCCUGGCUUUGAAAGCUGGAGUUAUCCAGGCACCCAAUACGAUGCUUUGUUUCCGGCGGCUUACCGCCAUAAGCAUCAUACUCCUAAUGAGUGUAUGGUAUGCGACAAGUGCGUGGACGACACUUACCCCGUCUGCCAAGGUGCCCUCCUAUCAGAGUGCAGCCUACUUCAAUGCGACCUGAAAAAUGCAGAGCUCAGGGCGCAGAACGGAGGAUCACAGAUAGACCCCCAGAGCGGAGAGCGACAAAUUACGAGGAGUCCUCUUCACUAUGGUUUAGUGGCCUCUGGAGAUCUAGUAAUGAGAUCAGCGAAACGUCGCAACGAACUUGCGACCCUUCAAAAUGUAAUUGGUUUCGAGAUGGAGGGUUGUGGAGCGUGGGACACCUUCCCGACUGUGAUAAUUAAAGGCGUGUGUGACUAUGCAGACAGCCAUAAGAAUAAGAAGUGGCAGAAGUAUGCCGCUGUCACCGCAGCGGCUGCCUCUCAGGCGUUUCUCCGGCGUUGGCGUGGUGUUGAGAGGCCUGUAGAUAAGAAUGCUGACAGUCUAGAGCAGCAACAGCAGAAAGAUGCGCCAUUGAGCAUACGACAAGCUGGGUCGGAAUUCCAUGGACCGACUGUGGUGUCUGGAGGAAUGGUGUUUCAGGGCAAUUAUGCCGGAAGAUAG